AUGGCUAGAAAAAUGGAGGACCGAAAGCGCUCCCGGCCUGAAGUCGAAGAGGCCAUGGAGCUAGCCCUCGCCGACAUUGACAACACAGCCGCUUCACCAGCACCUAAGAAGAAGGCGAAAACCGAAGAGCGACGCUCUCUAUUUGUUCGAUCACUUCCCUCGAAUGCCACAAACGAAAGCCUGGCAGAGUUCUUCUCGGAGUACUUUCCUGUGAAGCAUGCCACUGUGGUUGUCGACCAGAACACAAAGGAAUCCCGAGGAUUUGGUUUCGUCACGCUCGCCGAUGCCGAUGAUGCCAAAGAGGCCCAAAAGGUCUUUGACAAAAAGAAGUGGGAUGGCCGUUUCCUUCGUGUCGAAGUUGCAGAGCCAAGACAACGUGGUUCUGGCGCCGAAGGAUCUGCUCCUACAAAGCCAAAGCCUGGCAAGCCUGAAUUCCAGCCACCACCUAAGCUGAUUGUUCGAAACCUGCCAUGGACAAUUAAGACAUCUGAGCAACUGGGUAAUCUCUUUAGAAGCUAUGGCAAGGUCAAGUAUGCUGACUUGCCCAAGUCGAAGGGAUUGAUGAAGGGUUUCGGCUUUGUCACUCUCCGAGGCAAAAAGAAUGCUGAGGCGGCUCUCGAGGCUAUCAAUGGCAAAGAAAUUGAUGGCAGAACACUCGCGGUCGAUUGGGCAGUUGAUAAGAACACCUGGGAAACACAACAACAAAACGAGGAGGAUGAAGCAGAAGAUGUUGAAGGCAACGAUAGUGCCGAAGAGGACGACAAUGAAGAUGAGGACGAGCCCGAUGCCGAUGACGGCGAUGCUAAGGGCAAGGAAUGCCUAGAUGCAGACUUGGAGAACUUUAUGAAGAACCACAUGCAGAAUAUGGAGGACGAGGACGACGAAGACGAGGACGAAGAAGAGACCCAACAACGCAAAGCGGUUACGCAACGUUCGACGGACAACUCUACCACUGUCUUUGUCCGAAACUUGCCCUUCACCACGACGGACGAACAGCUUAAGACUUUCUUUAGCCACUUUGGUGCCAUUCGAUAUGCGCGAGUGGUCAUGGACAAGGCCACUGAUCGUCCUGCUGGUACUGGUUUCGUUUGCUUCGCUGACAUCGAAGAAGCCAAGGAAUGCCUCAAAGCUGCUCCUCGCCCUCAACCUACUGCGACAACAAACAGCAAAACUUCUAUUUUAUACGACGAAAAUGCCGAUCCUACUGGAAAAUACACACUAGAUGGCCGACUUCUACGUGUGGUACAAGCCGUAAACAAAACUGAGGCGAACGACCUUGCUCAAAACUCUUUGGCCAAGCGCCGCGAAAAAGAUAAGAGACGCCUGUAUCUUCUCGCAGAAGGUGUUAUUCCUUCAAACUCACCCAUGUUUGACCUCCUCACCGAGACGGAAAUCCACAUGCGAGCGGCUAGUGUGGCACAAAGAAAGAAGAUGGUACAGGGAAACCCUUCGCUUCACGUCAGUUUAACUCGUUUGGCUCUGAGGAACAUCCCCCGUAAUAUCGGUGCCAAAGAACUCAAAGAGCUAUCACGUAAGGCUGUUGUUGAAUUUGCAAAGGAAGUCAAGGAGGGCAAGAGGGAACCCUUGUCAAAGGAAGAGAAUGCUAGAGACGGAGCAGACGCCAGAGAAAAGGAUCAGGAACGCAAAGCCAAGGGCAAGGGUAUUGUCAAGCAGGCUAAAAUUAUCUUUGAAAACAAGCAAGGUUCAAAGGUUGGCGAGGACACUGGAGCCGGCAAGAGUCGUGGUUAUGGUUUCGUCGAGUAUGUCUCUCAUCACUGGGCCCUCAUGGGUCUGCGUUACUUGAACGGUCUGCAAUUGGAAGAUGCCAAUGGCAAGAAGCAGCGACUUAUUGCUGAGUUCUCCAUUGAAAACGCACAGGUUGUUCAGCGCAGAAGAAUAAACGAAGAAAAGUCCCGCCAACCGCAGCAAGACAAGUCUGAGCAAAACGCAGAGGAGCACAAGCCAGAUGGUAGACCGCCGAAGCGUGACUUUAAGGGCGAUCGACGCCAGGGCAAGAAGCCGACGCUCAAGGAAAAGGUUUCUGGCGACGGCGACCAAGAAGAGGGUGGAAGCAAGGACGAUAUGAAACAAAAGCUGAUUGCCAGGAAACGCCUGAUGAAGAAAAAGAAGGCGACUUCAAGGGGUAAGAAAUAA